CCGAGCCGCCGCCGAGGGACGCGCACCGACCCCGCCGCCAGCCCGAGCCGCCGCCGGGGAGCGACUCGUAAGGGCACCUCGCAGGCCGGCCCCGAGAAGCCUUCCCACGCGUUGGUUUGUCCCCGGGAGAAGGAGAGUUGGGAGCCUCUCCAUGCCUUAUCAAGUUCCUUAUCUGAGCGGCUCCCUGAAGCUGUAGACCGGUUCAGCUUUAUCUGGUGUUAGGGGAGAAAAACAGUGUAGCUCUCGCGCUCCAUCCUAAAUCGAGGACCACCUAUUCUGCGGGGGUUUAACACUCGAAGAUGGUGAAAUGCGGAUUGCUGGGUGAACCAGUAGGUCCCUGUUGUGGAGCGAGGGUUUUGUAUUCACCUUCCAGUUCCUGAUCUGUGCCGUGUGUGAGAGGCUAAUCUUUCUCCUUCAUCCUCCUUCCCUAAACCUUUCCUUGCUUCCAUGUUGCGUUGGUCAGACUUUUGGUUAGAGUUGUUUACGGAAGGGAGGGAGAAAGAAGACAGUUGAGAUUACAAACAAAAGUACUUGUAUGACUCAUCUGCUUGGAUUUAAGACUUUGUAUCCUUUCAAGGGGCCUUUGCUUCUCUCUGAAGGAAUCAGAUGCUUAUUCGUGUUCUUCCAGUGGAGGAUGGAUUGAAAGUUGUACGUUUUAGACUUUUUUUGGGCCACUGCUGAUAUUAUUAAAAGACAUAAUGAGACUUUUUCACUGGAUUGUUGCCAGAAUUAGUUUACACACUGAAACAAUGAGUUGUUAGGCCUCUUAUACGAUAAUAUUUGUCCUGCUUUAAUAUAAAAUUGCUGUGGAGGUGUUUUAAAAAUUGCGGAGGACAGUCUGCAUCGGAAGAGGCUCUCUUCAUCUCUGGUUGGUGUGGCAACCACAAUCUGUCCUCGAUGCCUUCAGCCUUGGCCAUCUUCACUUGCCGCCCGAACUCCCACCCGUUUCAGGAGCGUCAUGUCUACCUGGACGAGCCUGUCAAGAUCGGCCGCUCCGUGGCUCGCUGCCGGCCAGCCCAGAACAAUGCCACGUUUGACUGCAAGGUGCUGUCCAGGAACCAUGCUCUUGUCUGGUUUGAUCACAAGACAGGCAAGUUCUAUCUUCAAGACACUAAAAGUAGUAAUGGUACCUUUAUUAAUAGUCAGAGACUGAGUAGAGGAUCUGAGGAAAGCCCACCAUGUGAAAUUAUGUCAGGUGAUGUCAUCCAGUUUGGUGUAGACGUGACAGAGAACACACGGAAAGUUACCCAUGGAUGUAUAGUCUCCACAAUCAAACUGUUCCUUCCAGAUGGAAUGGAAGCUCGAUUCCGAUCAGAUGUUAUCCAUGCUCCAUUACCAAGUCCUGUUGACAAGGUUGCUGCUAACACUCCCAGUAUGUAUUCUCAGGAAUUGUUUCAGCUUUCACAGUAUCUACAAGAAGCCUUACAUCGGGAACAAAUGUUGGAACAGAAGCUGGCAACCCUUCAGCGACUACUUGCUGUCACACAAGAGGCUUCAGAUACUAGUUGGCAGGCUUUAAUAGAUGAAGACAGGCUGCUAUCGAGACUAGAGGUUAUGGGAAAUCAGUUACAGGCUUGUUCAAAGAAUCAAACAGAAGACAGUAUACGAAAAGAGCUUAUAGCAUUACAGGAGGACAAACACAACUAUGAGACAACAGCCAAAGAGUCCCUGAGGCGGGUCCUUCAGGAGAAAAUUGAAGUGGUCAGAAAAUUGUCUGAAGUGGAGCGGAGUUUAAGUAAUACAGAAGAUGAAUGUACACACCUGAAAGAAAUGAAUGAGCGGACUCAGGAAGAAUUAAGGGAAUUAGCUAAUAAGUACAAUGGAGCUGUAAAUGAAAUUAAAGAUCUUUCUGACAAGCUAAAGGUAGCAGAAGGAAGACAAGAAGAAAUCCAACAAAAAGGACUGGCUGAGAAAAAGGAAUUGCAGCAUAAAAUAGAUGAAAUGGAAGAAAGAGAGCAAGAGCUUCAAGCAAAAAUAGAAGCUCUGCAAGCCGAUAAUGACUUUACUAAUGAGCGGCUGACUGCUUUACAAGUACGGUUAGAACACCUUCAAGAGAAAACUCUUAAAGAACACAACAGCUUAGGCGUACAAGUUGACGACUUCAUACCUAAAAUUAAUGGGAGCACAGAAAAAGAGCACUUUCUUUCAAAGAGUGGAGGGGACUGCACUUUUAUUCAUCAGUUCAUAGAAUGUCAGAACAAGAUCAUAGAUGAAGGACAUCUAACCAAAGAGGAAGAAACAAAGCUUUUGAAAGAGAACCAAGCACGAGUCAAAGAAUCAAAUGAUUUUUCUGACACUCUUAGCCCGAGCAAAGAAAAAAGCAGCGACGACACUACAGAUGCUCAAAUGGAUGACCAAGAUCUAAAUGAACCUAUUGUCAAAGUAGCUCUUCUAAAAGAUGAAUUGCAGGGUGCACAAUCAGAGACUGAGGCUAAGCAAGAAAUUCAGCAACUGCACAAGGAUCUGAUUGAAGCCCAAGAGCUAGCUAGGACAAGUAAACAAAAAUGCUUUGAACUUCAAGCUCUCCUGGAAGAAGAGAGAAAAGCAUAUCGAGUGCAAGUUGAAGAAUCCAAUAAGCAAAUAAAUGCUCUGCAAGCUCAGUUGCGAAGGUUACAAGAAGAAAUUGAGAAUCUUCGCAAGGAAAAGGAGAAUGAAAUUUCAAGCACUCGAAAUGAAUUAGUCAGUGCUCAAAAUGAGAUUCUGUCACUUCAAAAAGUAGCAGAAAAAGCAGCAUCCGAACGAGACACAGAUAUUUCUGCAUUGCAAACUGAGCUGCAGACUGUGCGAACGGAGCUGGAACGGUGGAGGAAAGAUGCCUCGGAUUAUGAAAAAGAAAUUGUCAAUCUGCAAGCCAGUUUUCAGCUCAGAUGCCAGCAGUGUGAGGAGCAGCAGAAGGAGGAGGCCUCUCGCCUAAAAGGUGAACUUGAAAAGUUGAAGGCAGAGUGGAUUGCUCUGGAAGCUGAAUGUGUUAAACUGAGGAAGGAAAAUACUUCACUUACAUCUGAACUUCAGCGACAAGAGAAGGAGCUUUCCAGCUCUCAGAAACAGAGUUUAGCACUAACCAGUGAUAUAAGUGUCCUUGAAAUGUCUCGAAAGGAGCUUGAAAAUCAGAUGGGAUCUUUGAGAGAAAAACAUCAGCGGGAUGCAGCCAGUCUGAAAACUCAACUGAGUGAAGCUGAAAGUCAAGCAAAAGAUUUUCAGAAGGAGUAUGAAAGAACACAGACUAUGCUCUCGGAGCUGAAGGCAAAGUAUGAGGUGGCAGAACAACAAAACCAGUCACUGGCAGAAGAGCUCAAACAAUGUAAAGAAAACCUGAAGCUGCUACAUGAAAAAGGAAACAAUCCUUCCAUAUUACAACCCGUCCCAGCCGUAUUCAUCGGCCUAAUCCUGGCUUUCCUGUAUUGGUGUUACGGCCCAUUGUGGUAGCGAAAGGUACAAGCACUACUGUUCAGUCAAUAGACAAUGGCCUUGGAUGCCUGUGAUGGCAGCUUUGGUUGCUGUAACAGCCGUGGUGCUGUACCCAGGCCUAACCAGAGCUUCUCCAUGAGAACUGUUGUUGAAUCCAUACACCGUCCUCCCUUUAGAAGCUGGCAACAUUCAUAUACUGAGGGAAAACAGAUUAAUUCUCUUCCUUUUUACCUCUUAAUACAGCACAGCUCUGCGUGAGAACAGCAGUAGGGUCAUUUGCUUUAAACUGUAUAAAAUGUAUCUGUCUAUAAAGAGGGAAUAAAAUUGUGAUUCAUCAUGCUGUGAGCAAUAUUUUUGCUUACAACUUCACGCAAGUUUUAAAUUAGUCUGUUGGGAUUCUGAAUACUAUAAUGGUGGCCUAAAGCAGGCUUAUCGGUACCAAAUUAUUUAUAAAGGCUAGGGUUGUGGACGCUGACUUUAGAAUCUGAUCGCUAGACUAAAGAGGAAAAUACUGAUUCGGUCAUCCAAGCCAAGUAACCUUGCAGAUACUUGAGAAACAGAUGCAGUGUGCUCAGUGCCUUUCAGUAUGAUCUAUUUUUUUUAAGCUAGUGUAUCAUUUUACUUGCUGUUAGUCACUGAGCUGUUGGGAACGAGACUUAAGAAAACUUCUCUUACCACGCCUUUCGAAAGAAGCAUAUUUUUCUUCCCUAAGGAUCGCUUUAUUAAUGGGUUUUGGGAAUAAACACAAUUCAUGUCCAGCCUUAAAGAGAUAGAGAUACUGAUGGUGAAGAGCAGCCUAAAGUAUUUAGUGUGCGCGUGUGCGAGUGCAAGCAUGUGUGUUCUUGAGUGAACUGAGAUGUUUCUGGGAGCAAGGACUUGGUCAUUUGAUGGACACAGUGCAGUGAUUCAACUUACAUUAACUUUAGUUUGAAUGUAAUUUAUUAAAUUUCAUCUAUUUAAAGAGAUACGUUCUUUAAAAGUAUGAAUACCUUCUCACAUAUCACAUGUAUCAGUUUAUUUUUUCAGUCAUUCGAUAUUUUCUGACUUGACCUGGAGAAGCUCUUUAGAAUAAGCUUUUGUGGACGUAACUUCAUUAAGAGAACUGCUACAUUAUGUCUGUGAUCAGCUGAGAAAAUCUAGAUACAUAAAAUACUAUGAAAUUGGAAUCAUAUACCUGAUAAAGUAUUGUCAGGUGAAGAUGAUUUUAAUUUGGUAGUAAAAUUUUAUGGCUCCUUAUCACAUGGCUGUAAGUAUGAUGCAGUGGUCCCCAUUACAAAGUUUAUUUUCUUUAUCUGAGUACUAUAACUAUUGCUGUUUGCUGACUUUUGGUGGGAAUCACUGUAGUUAGUGCUGAAUUAAAUGUUGACCGUAGUUGUCUUGUUCAGCUCAACAGUUCUGUCAAAAAAGUUUAUUAAAGACUUAAAUAAUAUGUUAAAGAAUGGUAAAGUAAAAUGGCUCUGCUAAAAGUAACCUCAAAAUAGGGAGGUAAUCUCAGCAAUUCAAUUGGCUUGAAAGAAUGUUACGGCAAUCGACAGAUGGUUUAAAUAUUUAAAUAGAAAUUUAGUAUAUCAUUUACUUUGAGAGGUUUUAAGGGUCAUCAUCCUUUAAUUAAAGGUUCUGUACGUGGGAUUUCCUAAUGGGAGGAUUAUUAGUUGGAGAAAAUAGUCCACAAGUGACUUGUAGAAAAUAACUAUUAUCAUUUACUUCAUUCAUUUCAUCCUUUUCAUCCUUUUCAGUUGCAGGAAGCCACCCAACCACAGAACACUCGUAUGCCAGUGGUACUUAGUACCUCUUGUAUAUAGGUUAUUGCAAAUAUUGUUCUGAAAUGCUUAACUUCAGAAUUACAUUUUUUUAAGUAAUUGUUUUAAAUCUAUUUUGUAAAGAUAUAAAAAUACAAUAGAAUUUCUGGAGUACAGAUUAAACUAUUUGCACUAACACACGUGAUGUGCAUGAUUUAAUAAAAUAAUACUCUCCCUAUGCAUGUUUGAGUUGAAUGUCAUUUGAAAACGAGAGAUUCAUGCUAAGUUUCUUUUGCACUAGAUAUUGCCACAGUUACUAGGCACGAUGUCUGCAGCAUGUCAAGUAAGAGCAAAAGACUUUUUUUUUUUUUUUUUUACCUUUUACUUCACACUUGCACUGGUUUAAGUUUUGGUCUAGCUGAUCCUUCUUGACUGUGGUUUUCAGAAGGAGGUGGGGUAGCAGAGAGUCGUAGAAGGUUUGGGAGCAUAUUGCCAUGGAGGAGGAAAGGAUGGAUGUUCUGAGCUGCAGGGUGAUGUGCCCGUGGCAGGAGCAGUGCCUGCAGGUCCUGAGCGAUGGAGGGAAGCCCUGCUGGGGGAAGGGAGCCUGAUGCUGCCUCCUCACCUCUUAAGCAUCACAAACUCCCUGUUUGUCCCUUUUUCAGCUGGUGCUUCUUUUGCAGUGGAUUCCCUUCCCUCCUCCCUGCUGGUAGCCCGUGGCAUGAGGAGGGUGGAGCCUGGCAGAGCCAGGGGGCCCUGCACCAUCGCAGUUCUGCCUGGGGCUUAACUUUGUCCUUGCAUUAAAGAUAAAUGUCUUUUCAGAAAUCUCUAGCCUAUCAGAGAGCUGCAGUUUGAGGCCCAACAUGGCUGUAUUAAAGGAAGAAUAUUUCCAGUUUCAUUCUGUGCAUGUAUGCAUAUUUAUAUUAUAUACACAGGUGCAUAGUACACGUUGCAUGGGGGUUUGUGCUUACAAGUAUACCUGUGGUUCCCUAAUGCAGUGCCUUUUCCAGGAAUUCUUGACAUUUGCAUGUUCAAAAUGACGAGGAAUGGGCAAAAAUGCACAGUUCAGUCUUCUGUUGUGAGAAUCCCUGGAGAAGGGUUGGGUAACUGGGAAGCUGCUGUCCUUCAGUGCUUCUCUACUAAAACACCAAGUGGAGUUACUUUGCAAGGACUCCUUGCACAAACUUCUGGGGGUUUUUGUUUUUUGGUGGGUUUUCUUGUUUUGUUCUGGGUUUUUUUUGGUUUUGUUUUUUUGGGUUUUUUUUGGGUGGUGGUGUGUUGGGGGUUUUUUUGGUUUUUGUUUGUUUGGUUUUUUGUUUUGUUUUUUGGGUUUUUUUUUGUUCUGUUUUAUUUUGUUUUAUUUGUGGGGUUUUUUGGUUUUUUUCUUUUUCUUUUUUUAAUGAUAAAUGUGUGUGCUCUUUUACAUUCAUAUUUGGGUUCUUUCUUUAGUGAGGCUUGAUUAGCUAAGCCUUGGAUUUGAUAUACCAAGCAGCUUUUCACGUGUGAGAUGCUCCUCCACUUGUGAAACAAGUCCUCUGAGCUUGCACUGAAGUGUGAGGUUUUAAAAGGAUUCCUCAUAGUAGCAAAGUUAGUCAGAGUGUUGUUUUAUCAGUUGCUAGUUCAAUUUGGAAGAUUUAGUAUAAAUCUUAGGAUAUCUGAACACUUCUUCAGAUUUCUCCUGAUAUCUUGAGUGAGGCACCUUUUUUAAAUUCUAAAAGAUUUUACCUACAUGGGGACUAUGAUAGCAGGCCUUUUAUUUAAAAAUAUAAAUAUGUGAAAAAUAUAGUGUGAUUUUCCUGUUCCCUGUGGUUGAAUUAAAUGCGUUCUUUCAGAGUCUUUGCCUCAUCCUUUUUGCAGAAUGUCUGGAUUUUUUGGUGCUACAUGGAGAAUUGUGAGCCUGCACAAUGUAUCGCAAGAGUUCUCAUUAAAUAGUGAGAAUUAGUAUCAGAUAACUGAUAGCUGAAGCAAAGGUAAUCAAUCACCUGUGCAUGUAUUUUUGGGCUAUAUCCUUAAGUUAUUUUUCUAAUCAAGUCUUCUGAAGUACGUUACCUGUUCCAGAUUUCUGUGUGCUUUAUGUAAGAUUUUGAAUGUUUCCUGCCUUAAUCCAUAGGGUUCUGCCACUUGCAAGGAUCAUUUCUUCAGCUUGAAUCUUCUCCAUGACAAAUCCAUUGCUGAAUUCAUUCCACCAGCAGCAUCUGAGUGCUUUAAAACACCAGGUCACCAUUAUGGCUUUUGGGAAGCCGCGGUCCUUUGCACUGGCUCUGCAAGUGGGGCUGGCUGUGUUUCACCAGGGGCCUUUUCUCCCCUCUGGCUAUUCAUCCACCUUUAGUGUUUCAUUAGCAGCUGUCUCAGAAUUGAGUCUCCAUUAAUAACGGCAGAUGAUCAUAGAACAGAAUUAGAAGCCAUAUUCUUUCCUUUUCUCUUGCAUAUACCUCUGGGUCUGUUUGAAGGGUGAUUGCUUCCUGCAAACAGCUGCAUUGAAUCCCCAGAGCCAGCUGAUUUGCUCAUCCCAGUCAUUUGCACAUGCUUAUGAACACAGAAUUCUUCUUUCUUCUCUGGUGAGGAAUUGGGCUGCAGUAUAGGGGAUUAUUUUGUGGCCUUCCUGGAUUUUUACUUUGUACCCACUUGUUGAAAGUGAGCAGAGGUUUGUCCAACAGAGCCAAGUUCUUCUGCUUGGAAGAGAGGGGCUGCACCCGUUCCUGCUUAAAAGCUACCAGUGUCCAGCUAAAGGCUCCCAGCAGUAGAAGGUAAAUCAGCAAUUGGGACACAUGUUUUGAUGGGAAGGGACAUUACAGGCUCAAGUUCCUAUUUGUAAAGGAAAGGGGAACUCAUCUGAUCACUAAUUUGGAUGUCAGGGUCAUAAAACUUCAGUCUGAUUUCAGCAGCAGCAGCAGAAUGUCAAGAAGUUCAGCAUCUGUUAGAAAAAAAGAAUUCUUGCUUUAAGAACUUCAGAAAAAGGAUCAGUCGCCUCUGUAGAUAAGGUAUGUGAGCAACUACUGUUCUCUCAAAAAAAAAACCCUUGCCAGUCCCCAGCCUGUGUUUGAGUUCAUCCUGCUUUGGCUUCCAAAAGUUGAACUCCAGUACAUCUCUCUUGGAGGAUGUUCUUUUGCUGCAAACGUCGUCCUGAUCCAGGGAUUGGACAUACCAUGAUCAUUCCUUCCAAUCUUACUUUAUAUGAAUGGAUUGAAUUUUUACAUCUUUUUCUUCAUCCCUCAAGUUUUUGUUGUCAACUUUUUAAACAAUUUUUAAUUUUCUGAAUGUUCUCUUUUGAAGAGUAGAUGCCAGAAUAGAACAUGUCCUUACAAUUAUUACCUUCCUAACAUCAUAUGAAUAGACAAUAAGCUUUAUAUCCUGCUCUGGUAUUCUUGUUUGAUUGUCUCCCAGAACUUUUUUGGGGGGAUUCACUGACUUCUUAGCUUCUAGAUUUUAAUCUUGUCAAUCGAAUCGCCGUACUCCUCACACACCCCAGUAUGAGACAUACCCUGUGGUGUCUGACCUGGCAAUAUUGGUUGGUGAAACCACUGUAGGCAGCAGGCCCAAGCAGCAGCGUGUCCCCAUGACUGUUCAGCACAGCACUGAAGAGGUUUUUUAUUUCCCGUCAGGUUUUAUAGGGGUGACUCCUGAAGCUUUAUUGCAGACUAUUGAUCGUACACUGUCGAACAGUAGUGAGAGAAAAACUGAUCCCUGGAGCACAAUAGGGAAAAUAUUCAUAGAAUAAUUCCUUCACUUAGUUUUUACAAACUGACAGCUGUUCUGUAACUUGCAUUAUUAGUUACAGGGAUAGUAGUGUAGCGAUCACUUUUAUUGGAAUGUUGCGAUUUACAGAAGUCUUGGUUUAAUAACACUAAUAAACUUAUUUUUUAAAAAAAAACUUUGAAAAAGUGAAUUUUACUUUCUAAAAGCUUUGACAGGUAUGAAUUAUUUUACAUCCUUGAAUUUUUUUGCUGACUGCUUCCCAUAGAUUGUUUUAUGAUUUGCUUACACCCUGGAGUGAAGCAAAGCCAGUCCUUUUCUCAGGAUCAGACAUUUUACUCUCUUCCCUCAGCCCCCAUCAUGUUGUUUGCACAUUAGUGACACUUCCCUCUCCAAGCAUUUCGGUUUGAAGGUUGUUCAGAUGACUGAGUUGCUCAGUGAGCAUCGUUCCCAGAGCUGGCUGUGUCUCAGCUCCGAGCCACCGAGGGAUGUGUGUCCGUGCUGCUCUGGGAUUGCGCUUGCGUGUGGGGACCAGGACAUGGUCACUGGUGGUCAGCAGCCAGGAGAGAGUGGGAGUGGAAUUGAGGUUCUUGGGGAAAUGGUUCUGAGCUGUGGGAAUGGAGAUGCUGGCAGGGAGAGAAUUCCUGUGUUACGUCAGGUGAGACAUUGAAAACGCCAAUGUGCUGCCAACGUGCGUCAUCCUUUCAUCGUGUCCGAUGAACAAAUCCAAAGCCUGGGUUAAACUAAAAGCAAUGUCUUAUUUCCUGAUUAUAUGAGUCGGUAAAUUGAUACAAAAGAGUGAAGUCAUCAAUUCAUGCUGUUCUAUUGGAAUAAAAUGUAACCAAAAGCUUACCUGUAUUUGUUUCAGUGCCCGUUAUUGGGACGUGGAUUUUUUUUUUUAGAAACACCGCACACACACUAUGAGUGGUAAAGUACUGCCUUCAGUAUGGAAUGAAUUUGCUAUUUUAAUCUUUUCAUGCUAGAUCAUUUAUGAAGUUUAUAUUCUAUUUAUAUUUCUUGCUCUGGAAAAUAAUUUUAUUGAGUAUGUCAUCAGUUUUGAUGUGACAAAACUACUUCUUGUCUUGAAUACAGUGGCUCUGACUUUAAAAAUGUUCCAAAUAUGCAAUAUGUCUUGGGAUGAAUAAAUGGUAAAAAUUAUGAGAAUAAAUUUACAUCACAACGGAAAGCUGA